AUGCAAAAUUUGAGAUACCGAUCAGAUAAUUUACAGUCCGAAAAAAAUAACAUGACCAUAAUUUUUCAGUUGUUCUUUUUUCUAGAAAAUAUCACGUUGGCAGUUGUGGUCCCUAGUUUUUCUCUUACCCGCUGA